AUGGCGCCACCCGUUAAUAUAGCAACAUCUACAUCACGUGAAGCUGCAGGAGAAAACGGAAGAGGCAGGAUGUCGGGGGACGGUGCUGGUCCUUCACAGAACGAACAGGAUCAUGUUGUUGAAGCUGCACCACCAGAACCGUACGCGUUUGUGACCGUGGGCACGACGAAGUUUGAGCAGCUCAUCAAUUCCUGUUUUGACACUCAAGUUUUCCAGACGCUGAGAGCGAAGAACAUCUCACGCAUCGUACUGCAAACUGGUUCCGGGAAAGUGCCCGCUGCGUGCUUGUUGGCAAGAAAUGCUGAAGUAGAAACUGGCGAAGGUGAUGCGCCGGGUACGGCUACGGGCCAGGACAAUGAUCAUGACGCGGCUCCUUUGUUUCUACCUUUGGACGACGUUGUCAAGAACAGCAUUGUAUCAACUGCAAAAGUGUCUGGGUCUGGAAGAGUCGGGGCUUGUCAAGCACAUUUUGCAUGACCCAUGAGGUCUGUGAUGCUCGUGCUAGCAACGCAGAUUUUUUGAGAGCCUCUUGAUACUAAUUACGCAUGAGAAACGCCCUCUCCGCGUGCCAAGAACUGAGUCCUCUUGCUGCUCAUGCAACACAGAUAUUUUUAGAAUCCGCAGACAGCAUUACAAGUUCCAGUCUUCCAGACCCGGACAUUUUUACAUUUGAUACACCGUGGUCGUGCCGUCGAGUUGUACGGCACCUGUCGCUUGGAAAAUUACCGCCGAAUUCUGCCCCGAAGGAGAGGUGCAGGAGGAGCGCGCGCGGGUCCUCGCGCAACAAGGAGUGAUAAAAAGCAAGUUGCUCUCGUUUGGCAGCCCUGCAGCCGGGCCGCGGGGCGGUGCGACUGAGCGAUUGGAAAGCGAGGCCUCGGCGCAGCCAAAAAUGCUGCGGACGAACGUGGUAAGUACUAGAGUCUAUUGCUACUGCAGCUACUGCCUAAUGUUGAGAUUUUCCGGUAUUACGAGGUCAGCUUCAUUUCUUCACAAUCGUGUCCUCAUCCACUUGCAUUUAAAACUUUUGCGACGCCUCUACCACUUUAUUCAGACCGAGCCUGUCCAUGCUACUCUAGCAGGAACGUGGUAGCCUCGAUAGUUCCUUUCACUAUUACGCAAUUGCUCUACGUCCCUCAUAGUGAAGAAGGACUACCACGGCAGCACGACGAUAAAACACGUAUACAUAAAAACACAGGCGCCCCACUUCUCAAUGGACACAAUUCGCGACGAACUCUUUCUCACCACAGCAGCAGCAGCAGCAGCUCCUUCCCCAACCCCAACGGCAGAACGAGCAGAAAGCUUACACCUCACUUCCACAACCCGGAAAGCUAGUGCGGGGAACACCACCUCCACCACCACGACGAGCACCAGUUCUUCCGAUUGUACCGGGGCUAGUACAACUACUUCUAGCAGAACUUUUGAAAUUUUCAUCGUCCCCUUUUUCCCCGUGAUGUACGACACCGUCGUUGCGAACGCCGCGGUGGUCAUUUCCCACGCCGGUGCCGGGUCGAUUUUGACCGCGCUGCGGAAGAAAAGGAGGCUGUGUGUCGUGGUGAACAUAUGACAGUGCACAACUCCCCCUCCCUCUCAUUUGUCAUGCGAAAACCCAAAUCCGCCCUUUUCUGUUUGGCAUUGGUUGCAUGACAGAUUCCGGAAGGAGCCGAAACAGCAUUAGAACCGGAAGCCGAAACAGCAUUUGCUUUGUCAUGCAAAGUCUGCAUUUAUGCCAGGAUUUGUGUUACUGCUUAUGCCCUACAACUGAGGGGGAGGGGGAGUUGUGCACUGUCAUAGAACACUCAGCUCAUGGACAACCACCAGGAAGAAUUGGCGCUCGCCCUCGCGGAAAAGCGGUACCUCGUGUCCGUCUGCCCGACAGGUGAAGGAGCAGGUUCUCUGGACGCGACGACCAUGGCGGGGGCGAUAGCGGAAACGCUAGGUAGUAGACUGGUGAGUUACCCGGAACCGGACCGGACCGCAUUCUAUCGCGUCAUUGAGGAGGAAGUCGGCGUGCACCCGACCAAGUGGGCUACUGCGCUGGGCGGGAGGUGAAGUUGAAGGUGCGCUACAUGGCAGGAAUAAAGUAAGGGGAAAAUUGAAAUAAUUGUACUUAGUGCCUAUAAUUGUUAUUGGUCUAUAUGUCCACAACCACAUCCACCGGAUGCGGAUUCAUUGCGCGGAGUAGCAGCUAUGAAUAAAUUAUGCUCGUGCAGAACGACUAGAAUGAAAAUGAAUGCCUGAGCCAGCACUUUUGCUUGCUUAUCUAUCAUCAAAAUGUAAGAUUUUGGGAAAUAAGUGAAAGUGUCACGUACCACAAUCAUCAGCGAGAAUCGGAAUCCGAUGAAUUAGAGCGUUGCGUGCGUGUCUUGAUGCGCCUUCCAACGCCCGCGAGUUGCCAGCUCUGAAGAGGCUUCGCUCGAUAAUUUCUUUUUGGAAGACAUCAAUAACAAUUUUAAGUAUGUGAACAAACAGUUGCAGAACGUGUAGAUA